UAAACUUGGGGCGGAAAGGGCGCAACGAGAAGUGGGGUGGGGGCUUCCGAAGACGGAGGAGAAAGCUGCCCUCCCGACGAUUUGUCACGGGAGGAAGAAGGGGGAAUCCGCUAUUCCAGGACGAAGCAUCAUUCAUCAAUCUCCUUCACCUCCCACUGCCCUGUCCUGCGGAAGUGCGUCUUCCGGCGACGAUCUGUUGGUAAUUAGCUGAUCUGAGGCGCACGCUGGGCGAUCUGGUGGUUGAUGGUGCGUCUGAGGGCGGAUGUUGGAUAGAUGCUCCUUUGCUGAUCCGUCUCUGCUUAUUUCGUUCACCUUCUCGCCCGCAUGGGGUAUAGGUUGUCUUGGAUGCUAUACCAAGCCUGCUCCAAUUAUUGCUGUGGAUGAGCCUUCAAAGGGUUUGAAAAUCCAAGGCCGAACAGUGAAAAAACCUAAUUUCUCUGAAGAAUUUUGGAGUACAAGCACAUAUGAGAUGGAAAAUAGUGGAGUUCAAUCACAAAAGAGCAUUUCUUCAAUUAGCACAUUGGUAAAUACCUUGGAUCACCAUGGUGGAAUAGGAAGCACAAGCAACCAUCCAGAAUUUGUGAACCAUGGUCUUCUUCUAUGGAAUCAAACCAGACAGAAAUGGGUUGGAAAUAAAAGGCCUGAGACCCAGUCACAGCAAGUUCGAGAACCAAGAUUGAGACUUGCAAAUGCUCUCCCAGCCCUUAAAUAGAUCAAGGUUAUCAAGAAACUGCUGCCCCCUCCAAUGAUCCAGGUUCAGGUUACUUGUUCAGAUUCAUGAUAUUUUUAUAUUUUAGAACAUUGUGGCAUAUUUCCAAAACAUCACAGGCAGGGAUCCUGAUUUAUUUAAUUUCAUGUGUAAACCACCCAAGGACAAAUAAAAACCUACGAGCUUUAGACUUCUUUGAGAAAAAAGUUUUAAAUAAAAAAUAGGACACUAAACAGUUAAGGAUUUGCAUAUUGUUAUAACAUCAGUUAGAUGAAUAGAUAAAAAAUUUAUGGUAAAAAUUAAUUAUGUUCUCUUAAUGUUACAAAAUAAUGAACUAACUAAUCCUAGGUCCUAUCUAACAAAAUAAUGAGCAUUUCAUUUUUUAAGGUAAAUACGUUAUAAAUCUACUCAUUGAUUUGUAUGUAAGCAACAUUUAGUUGGUUGUGUUACUAUUUAAAUAUUUUUAAAUCAAUAUUUAUCUGCUUUCUGGAAUUACAAACAUGGACUUUAGAGGAUUGACAUGUUCAUCAUUUUGAGAAGAGAGCUUGUACAGAUUUAAUACACAAUGAAUUUAGUUGUAGAAGGAAGGAGAGCUUGUAUGGAUUUGUCUUCCAAUUUAUUUAGUUGUAAAAGCUAUAGCGCUUCAAUUUUGGUGG